AUGGACUGGGUGAUGGUCUCUGUUAGCCCAUGUGCAUACAGAAAUUGGUAUAUAUUUGCUGAUAAAUUAUAUCUGGGAUCGGUUUGCCCCAUGACUCGGGUACAAACAUAUGUGUAUGAUUUUAUAUAUCCUGUCUAUGAAUGUGGGGUCAGGAUAAAGGUUGUUUCAGAGGAGGCGCUCCUUUUUCAAACAGAGCUAUACUUUAACCCUAGGCAUACACGUUACAGCCCUCAGAAAACCCCUCUGGAGUGUUCUGCCUCUUGCUGAGGCCAGAAGUCAGUGUGGCUGAUGCCAGUUUCUACAGAAAAUGAAAUAAAAUUGGAUCCCAGCCCCUUCAUUGCUGACUUUAAGACAACCGAAGAGUUAGGAUUAUUAAAUUCUAGCCAGACUGAUUCCAUACUUAACUUGAAAUUGCCUGUGCUCUCCCGUCCUGAGCACCCUCGGGCCUCACCAGCUCGCCAUCAGCGGCGGCUCAGCCUCCGUGACACCCUUGGUUUACUGCCGUGGCAGGAAGCACUCUGCCCCUCACAGCCCAGCCGCAGAGCCCGUACAGAGCGCUUUCCCGGUGCUGGGCUCCUGCUCGCUUUAUAG